GGCCCGGGGCUGAGCAGCAGUCAGAUCCCGGGAUGGAGGGAGCCGGAGAAGAGGAGUGAGGAGGCCGGGCAGGCAGGGCCUGCUGCCCUCCUGGAGGCCGGCAGCCUGCUGUGGCAGUGGAGGACUAGGCCGCCCACAAAGGGAAGGGGUCAGGAGGUCGGGCCUCGGCCUUAGCAGGCUCAGACCAGGCCCCAGAAGGGAGCAGCGGGAGUUCAGGGCCCAGGCCUGGCUCGGGUUGUCCAAAGGGGACGUCAGGCAGGCCUCCCAGGCCUCUGGUGGGGAAAACUGAGCCGGAGACAGGCCUGAGAGCCCGGCCCAGACGCCUGGGAGCCAAGUUAGGCAGAGCCGGCCAAGGCCCUAGGGGGUGUCAGAGACUAAUGUGGUAGGGGGCUUCAGGGCCUCCCAGUCCAGAGCCGGAUUGGCGAGUUGGACGCUUGUAGAUCCAAGGUUGGAUUGGGGAGGGGUCGCUGGGAAGUUGGCUAGCAACGCAAGGAUUGGGGGGAUUUAAGUGCUUAGAGAUCGAAGGCAGGUCUUGGGUAGGGGGAGUCAGACAAUCGGAAAGCCUAGGUGGUUAUUUGGGGAGGGGUCGUCGCGCUUAGACGAAGUGCAAAGCAGCUCCUGCUCCGCUGAAGGCCUGAGGCCUUAUCAAGAGAAGCUCCUGUGAAGGGUGGGCUAGACUAAGCCAGGCCAAGAGAAAGAAAGGGAAUAAAUCUGGCCUCGAAGUGGGCGGGGGGCCCCUGAGCGGGGGGUCACAAAGGGUGAGACAUGGCCACCAGGCGUUUAACGGACGCUUUCUUGUUGUUGCGGAAUAAUUCCAUCCAAAACCGGCAGCUGUUAGCCGAGCAAGUGAGUAGUCACACCACCUGCAGCCCUCUGCAUUCACGUAGUAUUGCUGCGCUUGCUGAUGAUCGCAUGGCCCUGGUGUCAGGCAUUAGCUUAGACCCAGAAGCAGCAAUUGGCGUGACAAAGCGGUCACCUCCUAAAUGGGUGGAUGGAGUGGAUGAAAUACAGUACGACGUUGGCCGGGUUAAACAGAAGAUGAAGGAGUUAGCCAGCCUCCAUGACCAGCACUUAAACAGACCCACCCUGGAUGACAGCAGGGAGCAGGAACACGCCAUCGAAAUAACCACCCAAGAGAUCACGCAGCUCUUCCACAGGUGCCAGCGUGCAGUGCAGGCACUGCCCAGCCAGGCCCGCAGGGCCUGCUCGGAGCAGGAAGAGCGGCUCCUUCGCAACGUGGUGGGCUCCCUGGCGCAGGCUCUGCAGGAGCUGUCCACCAGCUUCCGGCGCGCGCAGUCGGGCUACCUCAAGCGCCUGAAGAAUCGAGAGGAAAGAUCCCAGCAUUUUUUUGAUACAUCAGUACCACUGAUGGACGAUGGAGACGAUAAUACUCUUUAUGAUCGGGGCUUCCCAGAUGACCGGCUAGUGCUGGUGGGGCAGAGCACGCUGGUGGUGGAAGAGCGGGAGCGGGAGAUUGGCCGGAUCGUGCAGUCUAUUUCUGACCUGAACGAGAUAUUUAGGGACCUAGGGGCCAUGAUUGUGGAACAGGGUACCGUCCUUGAUAGAAUCGACUAUAAUGUGGAACAGUCCUGUAUCAAAACUGAAGACGGCUUGAAACAGCUUCACAAGGCAGAGCGGUAUCAAAAGAAGAAUCGGAAGAUGCUUGUGAUUUUAAUAUUAUUUGUCCUCGUCGCUGUCCUCAUUGUUGUCCUCGUCGGCGUGAAGUCGCACUGAGCAGCGUUGGGUCGGUGUGUGAGGCCCGCGCGGACCCGGCUGCGCGGGCCCGGCGCCCGCGGGUUCCUGCGGAGGUGCGGCCCCGGGCCCGGCGGGGCCGCGAGCAUCUCCACGGACUCCUCCGCGCAGCCGUGCUCACGCGCGGGGAAGGGGCUUCUGCUUUUCCUUCACUGUCAGCGCUUGAAGGACCCUGGACGCUGCUGCAGAUGAGAGAUGGGUUCUCUCUUCAGUUAUGAUAUAUUUUGUUUUAGACAGAGAAAACGGGUUGAAGGUUUACAGGCCUCCUCAAGCUGUUCAAUAUAGUAUAUAUCUGUAUAUGCUAUUUUUUUUAGCAGUCAUGUCUGAGCAGCAUGUUAAAAUAACUUUUGGAAAAAUUUUUUUUAAACCGUCUGGUUUUUAAGAAAUUUGGUACCAAAAAUUUAUGAGUAAAGGCAAAAAUGCCUCUUCAUUUUUCUCUAUAUAUUUUCCAGUUGAAAACAAACUGAGAAGUCCUUUAAGAAUUUAUCAUCCAUUCCCCCGUUAACUUAAUUUAGCUUUUCCAUCGCUGUUAAUGAUCAGAGUAACAAAGUGUGAAAAAUAAGAAACCAUCAUUGACGUUAAUUAACACAUUUUUAGAUGGGCCAGUUAAAGCAGCUUUAUAAGUUUAAAUUAAUUAUAAAUGGAGUAUUCCUCAUCUAAAAUUUGUGCAUGGCAUGUUUUCCUGUAACCAAAAGGGGUUACUAAGCGAAACCACCUAAGUUUAAAAGUUGGUGAUUUGAAACACCCUCACGUUGAGAGGAAGCUCGGUGGUGUUGUGAAAGUCACCAGAGCAGCCGGUGUGUCUCUGCGCUGGUCCCCCGCCGGCCUCGCUCGGCCCAUUGCUUAUGCGCUCGCUACUUAAUGACCCGUUCAGACCAGACACCACUUAAUGAACUGUGAAUUUACACAGAGGCCACUCUAAAUGGGUCACCCCAUAUAGGAUUAGUGGGUCUCAAAUUAUUAACCAAACAUCGCUCCAUCUCACAGUAAAAUAUUCCACCGGUGGUUUGAUUUAUCGGCCCUUCCAGUGCCACUCACCAUGCCCAGAAAGUAGGCAUAUUCUUGCAGUUUGUGAAAACCUCGGCUAGAAGAGCCCCUCGUUUGUGUGAGCGUGAAUCAGAUCGCCAAAGUAGGACUUUGUUGUUUACUUACUUAUUAUCACUAUGGUGCUUGAAUAUAUCCCUGGACCUGUGGAAUAGUGUGGACAGUGAUGACAG